CCUAUACUCUGCCUAGUUUUCGUAGAAGUGAGAGCAGGAGUGUAAUACCUGGGGAUUUAUUAAGGAUUUUAAAGGACCUGGGGAUUUAUUGAGGAUUUUUAAGGGACCUGCACUCAAAAUUCGGAAAGUUAAGAGUGGAAGGAGUAAGUGUGAGUGCUGCUGUUGAUAUACGAGUGGUGGAAGAGCCAAAGUAGAGGAAAAUUGACUCGUUUGGAGGUGCCUUUAGGAGCUGUGACUCAUUUUUGGUUUUGAGAAAUCACGUUUGUUUUAAUUUUUUUUCCCAUUACGGUAUGGGGGCCGCUGUUUAUGCAUCGGUUGUGGCGAGCUUCUGCCUGUGCAACUUCGUCUCAGCCUCGUCAAAUUAUGAUACAUACCAGCUAGAGUCAUUCCGGAUGUGCGGCAUCGGGGCCUCAGAUGCGUCAGUAUACAUUUCUCCGUGGCAGGCUAUUAUUUUGAGAGUUGGUGAUGACUUUCAGGCUGCCAGAAAUAUCCACAGAUGUAAGGUUAGAGUUACAACACAAAAAGGCUUCGGUUUAGCAGCUGUUAUUGAGGACAUGAGAAUACGAGGUAGAAAGGACAAGGAGACCAAUGGGUGGUUGUGUGAAGACUAUGUUAAGAUGAGCACGUCAGGUGGCUCCUUCGUUUCCAAAUUCCUGGACACAGUGCUACCAGGAGACCUGUUCAAAAGUAAAACAACGAAAGAACUUUGUGGAAUCCAGCAGAACAAAGGAGAUUCAAAUUCUUCAUUCAGGUUCUCCGAGGUGGGAUCCAGUGCCAACAUCCUCUCCACGCUCACCAAUCAGUUAACCGUAGAAUUCCACCAGGAGAGAAGCAAUGAUAAUCCAGUGAACAACACUUUCACCAUUGUCAUUACAACUUACAAGCACGAUAGUGAUAAAGUGUUUGCAGAGGCUUGUCAGGGCAAGUACAUGUGCAAGGGGAGCGGCGAGUACCAGUACUGCAUUCACCCAAGAUACGAGUGCGACUCCCACUUCAACUGUGCCUUCCCUUAUAGUGGAUCAGAUGAGCAACGAUGUAGAGUAAUACAACAUCCCAUAUUCUCCAUGACCACCAUCAUCAUCACAACACUGGCUACCAUUGUAGGACUUGGGCUUAUAGUGUGCUGCCUCUUCACCAUCAUUAUGAGAGCCAGGUCUCGGACAACCACUCCAACAGGAACACCGAUUGAGGCUUCAGCACCCCCCCUGCAGCGCCAGCACACCCUGCCACUCUAUGAGGCAGUUGUUAAAUCUGAUGGUCGGCAGGGCUGGGGCCCUGACGACCCCCCAUCCCCUAAUGAAUUCCCCCCAAACUACCAUGCCCUCUUCCCAAAUGGGCCUCCAAAGGACCUGGCUGCUGAGAGUGAUGAGUUAUAAAAGAAAGCCUGGAUGAAUGGGAGGGCAGGAAAGGAGAAAAAGUGUGAAGGCAAAGAAAGAAAAAAACUAAAAGUUCACAUGUCGGGUAAUGACCUAGAUAAGACAAAAACAAGAUAAAAAAGAAAGAAAGACAAAUAAGGAAACAGACUUUGAAACUUAUUCAGGUAAACUUGAUCUGUGUUUAUGGUGUUUUUGUGUGUGAUAAUUGUAGUGAAAAAUCUGAGGAGAAGUUUCAUAGGACAAGAAGUUUUUGAUGUGUUAUUGAUCUGAAGUAAAUGUAAACAUCAUUUUGUAGUGUGUAAUGUCAGUUUGUGAAUGUUAGAAAUAUUAUCAUUGACAUUUUUAUAAUCAAAGUGCCGUUAUCUUACUUGAAGAAAAUACAGCAGAUGAAAUUCGAUCAGAACACUUGUAUCUUUUGGUCUUAUGCAGUGAUAAAGGCAGAAGAUGGAUAGAGCUUGCCUGUAGGUCCAUUCCUCUUUUGCCAGAUGGGUGAUAUCCACUAAUGUUAAGAUUUGCUAAGCUAAUACAAAGAAACUAGACGUAUGACCUCAUCCAUUAUUUUCUCAUAGGUAGCACUGGAUCACUAUUUUUGUCACAUGGAUCAAGUGUCCUUAAAAUAUCUUUUAAGGGUGCUAUCACUUUGCUGAGGAGCUUCCGUGUAUGUUGUUGGGCUGUUAUACUUUCCCUGUAACUUUUAACAGAAUGGAAUGUUUCUUUUUAUAAAAUACUAUUCU